GGGGAAUACCCCCCAAGUUGAAGCCCGGUCGUCGUCUGUCGACCAUGUGAGCCAUCCAGACAAGAUGUCCGACUCGGACAACGAGGUCGUCGGCUAUGAGACCACGUCCGACGAGUUGCCCAAGGGCUACUUCCGCAGCCGCUUCUUCAUCGGUACCAUGUUAGCUACUGGCGUUGGUCUCUGGGCCGGAACCGCAGCCUUUGCCUACGCAGCCCCGAUUCUCACACAAAUCAACCAAGAUCUUGGCCCGGAUCCCCGGUACACUUGGAUUUCCCUUGUCUACAAUGCCGCCCUCGCUGUCUGUCUCGCCCCCGUCGGUCGUCUGUCCGAUAUCUUCGGACGCCGAUACUACUUCAUCGGCGGAGCCCUCCUGGCCGUCAUUGGAAGCAUCAUUUGUGCCACGGCCACGUCGAUCCCUGCGCUGAUCGGAGGCAACGUAUUCCUCGGUGUGGCGAGCGCGACGCAGCUUUCCUUCCAUUUCGUCGUCGGUGAAUUGCUCCCUAUGAAGUACCGCUACGUCGGCAACGGCCUGAUGUACUUUUUCGCCGUUGCCGGUUCGGGCGUCGGUCCGUCCGUCGCCUACGCCUUCAUUGACCGGCACCCCUCGGUCGGCUGGCGCGGCGUGUACUGGUUCCUCCUCGCCAUCAACGCCCUCGGCCUCGCCCUCUGGACGCUUUUCUACUUCCCACCCACCUUCCAGAAGAAGCACCAGUCGGACGGCGAGGACAAGUCGAGCAUCUGGUACUGGGUCCGCCAGUUCGACUACGUCGGCACCUUCCUCGCGUGCGCCGGUCUGGUCGUCUUCCUCCUCGGCCUGAGCUGGGGUGGCGCCGUGUACCCCUGGGCCUCGGCCGCGACCAUCUCGACCAUCGUCAUCGGCUUCUUGACCCUCGUCGCCUUUGUUCUGUGGGAGAUUUAUGCGCCUAUCAAGGAGCCCUUGGUGCCCAUGCACUUGUUCAAGAACACUGAGUGGGUUGCUGCCAUCGUUCUGCUCGGUCUCGGCGCUGGUGUCUACUAUGCUUUCGCCAUUAUCUGGCCCAUGCAAGUGGCUGUCAUGUACAACACCGACGGCGACAUCCACAAGAUGGGCGCCAUCGCCAACAUCAUCGGCCUCGCUAUGACCGGAGGACAGAUCACCGGCGGCCUGCUCGCGGCCAAGAUUGGCAAGACCAAGUACCAGUGCAUGAUCGUCUUCCUCAUCGGCGGUGUCUUCAUGGGCUGCGCCUCCAUCGUCACCCGCCCCGAGGACAAAGCAGCGGCCAUCGCGCUCGUCACGCUGGGCUGCUUCUGGGUCGGCUGGAACGAAUCCAUCUGCCUCUCCAACGCCACCAUCUGCGUGCACGACCAGCGCGAGAUCGGCGUCGCCGGCGGCAUGGCCGGCUCCCUCCGCGCCGCCAUCUGCGGCGUCCUGCUGGCCAUCUACACCGUCAUCCUGAGCAAUCGCCUCACCGAGAACAUCCCCAAGUACGUCCCCGCCGCGCUCCUGGAGGCCGGCCUGCCCGAGUCCUCCGUCGCCGACUUCAUGGGCGGCCUGGCGCUCGGCUCCUUCGAGGGCGUGGUCGGCGCGACCGAGUCCGUCAUCGCCGCUGGCAUGCGCGCCUACCAGGAAGCCAACGCCAAGGCGUUCCAGACCGUCUACCUCACCACCAUCGCGUUCAGCGUCAUCGCUGUCGGGUUGACCUGGUUCGCGCCGAAUACGGAGAAGUAUAUGACCGAGAAGGUGGUGGCUACGUUGGGUAGCGACAACAACAACACGGCUCUUGUGUCGGAAAAGAAGCAUUCGGAGGUAUAGAUAGAUAGGGGGGGAAGGACGUUAGACCUCCCCAUUUUU